AUGGAAAAUUCAUUGGACAACGCUGUUGAAGUGCUCAAACAAGUAGUAAAAUCUCACGAGUCUAAUAAUGAAUUUACCCAUUUUGGGCUGCAUGUUGCUUCUCAGCUACAGGCACUUCCACUAAGAGAAGCUCUUAAACUGCAGUCUGAUCUUCAGGCACUUAUUACGACUGUCCGCAUCAAGCAACUUAUACAACCUUCUUAUGAAGGUAGUUCUAACAGUACAAAUGAUGAUUGUAACCCCGCCCAUUCUCAUGUACACGCGAUGGAAAUCACGCAGCCAUCUACUUUUUCUAGCAGUGCUAAUGAAGAUUUUGAAAUUCAAGGUACUGUGCAAAACACGGAAUAUGAGAAACAUCCUCAGCCGUCACAUGUUUAUACAUAUUUUACUAGCUGGCCCGAUCUUCAAGAUGCUGAUCAAGAUCAAGAAUUAUGA